AUGAAGUUCGCUGCCCUCCUCGCCCCUCUCAUCCCUGCCGCUUUCGCCGCAGAGUGCGUCCGCGAUGGCGGAUGCCCCGGCUGUGGCACUGUCGACAGCGUUAGCUUCUCCCAGAGCGGCAGCACGUACACCGCGACGUCUCCUUCCUACGGCUCCAUGACCAUGACCGAUACGACUCUUUCCGUCAAGAACACCUCCAACAAGUGGCUCUUGUUCUGCGUCUACGGAUCCGUCUGCGUCCCUCUUGGCGCUGGCGACAGUUGCUCCACGUCCCGCCUCUCCACCGACAACCCUACCCUCGGCCUGCAAGUGUGGUCUCAGUAA